CGACUUUUACGACAGUGUCGAAACAGCGUGUCGCAAGUGUAGGAGGCUCAGCUCGUUACGUCUACAGCCAUUGACCUCCGUUCUGCCAACAUGGUAUUUUGUGAUGGUUUUGAACAUGACAACGCACACUUUACAUCGUAUUUUUAACGCACAGCGCUCGAGGAUUAACGGUGCACGACAGACUGAUGUCAUGAGAGUCGGGAGGAACAGUUGGGAGACUCGGGGACACUCGGGGGGGUUCGGGACUCUCGGUGCCUGAUGUGAUAAUGCUCGAGAUAGCCAUCGAAACUGGAAUAAAUAAAGUUGCUUGCGUUUCGGACAGUGAUUGGAAGGUAAUCUCCCCUGUUUCCACUAAUGACUGCCAGGAUAUCCGUGUCAUCAAGCGUGAGCUGGGCAGAUCUCCACUGAGUAUGAAGGGAGAGGGGUGUUUACGGCUCUUAAAAGCGAGGAAGUGGGAUGUGGCUACCGUGUAUUUAUGCUGCUGUUCAAGAUAUGAGAAUCAUUGAAUCAGCAUUGCUUUGGAUGUCCUCCCUCGCCGCUCUCACCGGGGUCGAAUCGGUGGGCUCCCCGUCGCUCAACACACACACCGUGGGUCUGUGCUUCGGACCCGGAGGGAACCCAUGAAGGCUCCUCGACUGCUGGACGAGAACUUAGACAACUACCUUGUGGUUGAUUCUCUUACCUAAAAGCAAUAUGUGAAUCCACAAAGUUCCACAGUUGCAAUUAUUUUUUAUUUUUUUUAUUUUUUGUUGGGUGAAGGCUAUAUUUUGCAUGAACGCCAUAAAGCCACCUUUAGGCCAGCAUGGAUUCGUCUUUAUCCCUGGGCAGACUGGAACUAAACUCUAGCCCGACACUUGGGGUAAAUCUCAGCCCGCGUCCCUCUUCAGGACCCCCGGUGGAGGAGACGGGUCUCCCUCAGGGCCCGUCGCACCUCAGCGGCUGCGUGCCGCUGUCCCAUCAGGUGGCGGGUCACAAGUAUGGCGUGGACAAAGUAGGUAUUUUACAGCACCCGGAUGGAACCGUCUUGAAACAGCUUCAGCCGCCACCAAGGGGUCCACGAGAGAUGCAGUUUUACACCAAGGUGUAUGCUAAGGAUUGUUAUGAUCCGUGUAUGCUGGAGCUCCAGAAUCACCUGCCAAAAUACUACGGCACCUGCUGCUCCCAAGACAGCCCUAACGACCUUUACCUGAAGCUGGAGGACGUGACGCGGCGCUUCACCAAGCCGUGCAUCAUGGACGUGAAGCUGGGCCAGCAGAGCUAUGACCCCUUCGCCUCGCAGGAGAAGAGAGAGAUGCAGAUCUGGAAGUACCCGCUGAUGGAGGACAUCGGCUUCCUGCUCCUUGGCAUGAGGGUUUACAAGGUGUGCGAUGACAGUUUUGAGACGUACGACCAGCACUAUGGGAGGGGACUGGUGAAGGACACUGUCAAAGAAGGCCUCUCCAAGUUCUUCCACAACGGCGCGGGGCUGCGUCUGGACGCGGUGUCGGCCAGCGUGAGGCGCGUGCGGCGCAUCCUGGCCUGGUUCCAGUCCCAGAGGCAGCUGGUCUUCUACGCCAGCUCCCUGCUCUUCGUGUACGAGGGCCACCCUUCCCCCUCCUCCCCCCCCUCCUCCCCCCCCACAUUGUCCCCCGUGGCCGCGCCCGGGACGGAGGUGGCGGCGGAGGACCGGGACGUCCGGGACACGGGGGUCUCGACGGGCGGGGGGCGGGACGAGGGGAGGUCGGACUCGGGGGUGCUGAAGGAAAUGUCCGAGUACAACAAUAACAACAUCCAGGGCUGGACUACGGGCUUCAGCCUGGCCCACCAGUACGACAACCAAAGGAAAGCCGCGCAGCAUUACCGCCACGCCGCCAAGGCGCAUCGCCGCGGCAACCACGGCGGGGGCGGGGGCGGCGGCGUGCCCAUGGCCGCCGCCCCCCCCGCCGCUCCCCCGGCCGCGACGGACCCGGCGGGCGGGGACAUCCAGCUCCAGCCCAACGGCAACGGGGUGGUCCUGAUGCAAGCGGACGCGGAGCGGCGAGCAGCGAGCGAUGGAGGUGAGACGGAGGGGGGAGGGGGAGGCGGCGGGGGGAGGAGGGACACGGGGCCGACGGGGGGGAAGGGAGGGGAGGUGGAGGUGAGGAUGAUAGACUUUGCCCACGUGUUUCCCAGCGACAGCCAGGACCAUGGCUACAUCUACGGCCUGAAGCACUUGUUGGCCGUGCUGGAGGAGAUCCAUGACGAUGCCUCCUAGGACCUCUCCCUCCCCCCCCCUUAGAUACCCCCUACCUCCCCCCCUCCCCUCUCUCUAACCUUGUAUCAUCUCCUCUCUGGCCCUUUGGCAGCUGCUCCCACACACCAUAUGUCAUAACUACGCUACUUUAAUAUUUAGUGUUGGUUCCUCGAUCUCUCGCCACAACACUCUCAUCCCCCCCCGGCGGACUAGAUGUAGUAUAGAGUAAUAAAAGAACCAGAGUAUUCAACUCGCCAUCCAAUCACCAUGGCAACGCAGCGGUCGCCUACGUUGUCGUCGUCGUCGUCGUCGUCACCAUCAUCUCACGCAUUAACUGCCUGGUCGCGUGCAUCUGUGUGUGCGGAUGUUUUUGUCUCGUGUCUCCCCCCCCCCCCCUUUGUAAACGGAGUGAAACUCCACCAGAGCCAGUCUCUCCCUUUUUUUUGUUUUUGUGAAACAAACAUUGACUUGCACUGUACUGUAUGAAGGUUUGUUGUGUCCAUGACCACGUCCUUUUAAGGCAUUUGUAGUCCCGCCCCCCCUUGGAACAUAACUGGCAGAACGGUCGAAGGGCUUGUUGUCUCUCGCACACGCUCAGAUGUGUUCUGAGGCGCACCCGAGAGAACUCAACUCGGGGGGGAGUCCACUGCCGACUCGGUGGAACGAUAGGCUAGUUAACCGGUCGGUUUUUAUUUCCACCUCCUUUUUGUGGUGUUAAAAUGUUGACGUUAAAAAAACAACAACCUGAAUCACAAUUUCAAAGUUUACAGGCUCGUCUACUUGGCUGAGGGACAUGCCUAACCAUUAACUCCUUCAACACGAUGAGACUAGUUUAUAUUGAGGUAGUCAAAUGGACGUUUUAGUUUAUUUUGAGAGAGCAUGCUUUAAUAAGUCUUACCGGCCCAUGCUGUAAAAGCGUUGAGCUUCACAUGACCAGUGGAGAAGGGACUGCUGGUCAUAGUUUCCAUGCAUCUCUUUCUCAGUUUCUCUUAUUUUAUGUUUUAGUUGUUUCAAACGACUACAGGUAUCUAACUCAGGUAAAAUAAUUACUGUAAUCAAAAUUAAUAUUGUCAAUAUCGCGAUGUUUAACAACAUGAUUCUCAUCUGAUCUGCAUAUACUAUUCCAAACAACAUUUUUAUAAACAAUUUGUGGACUCAUUGCGCUUCGUUGAAACCCCUGAUCUCGGUUUGAUGACCUCAUGAUUUUUAGUGAUGAUUCCACUGUUCUCAUGACAUGUUCUUUUAGCUAUUUAAAUGUUUUUUCUUCAUUGUUGCUGCCAAAUGACCUGUCCUUUCCGAAGACCAUGACAUUUUUUCAUUUUAUUCACCCCAAUCUCAGACCUUGUUUGAUCAAUAUGAUGUGACAUUGUCAUGUGAAAACCGUUUUAAUUCCCUUUUUUUUUAAUUCCCUUUUUCAUGCAAAAAAAAUGAGGCCACUUUCUAUUUCAUUAGUUAUAAGUUACCACUGUUACCUGAUUUGACGUAGUUGGAAGAAAUAAGAAUAUAGUUUGUCAAUUACCCGGUUAAACCCAUCCAUGUGAUAUGACAAUGGGGGGAAAAAGGUUUCAUUAUGGAACCAUGUGUUACGGGACCAUGUGUUACAGAACCAUGUGUUACGGGACCAUGGAACGAUGAUGAGGACUGUAUGAUUGUUCAGACGAAUCUGCUCUGUUGGUGGCCGUUGAGGAACAGAAUGCUACAGCGCUGUUUACGUCAAAUCAAAGCAAAAGUAGAUUAUUCACUGCAGGCAAUGCUAUAUUAGUAAUUUAGUUAUUUUGAGCUUAAGCUCAAUUAUUAUUUUGUUUUGAUGAUCAUUAACAUUUCCAUUGUAGCAGGCUAAAAUUGUAUAUUUUAAUCGGGCAAUAAUAAUUAAUUUACUAUUUCUAUUUUAUUCGUCCCCGCUCAUUUUGGCCCGGAUAAACUGUCUUGAUUUUAACAUGUCACUUGUAGCUUGUAAUAGAUGAGAGGUACAUUAUAUAGAAAUCAAUAUUUGCGAGGUAAAUACAUAUUUAAUUGCUUAAUUAACUCUGUAACCUGAACUAGAGAAUAUAUGAUCUCAUAUCCUUGUCGAUAAAAACUAACUUGAUGCAUAUUGGAAGUGUUCAGAGGAAGCUUUUUGGCAUCUGUUGAAAUGUUUACAAGAGUUUGGUGGGGGAAGAAUGACUUUUAAUUCUAUAUUUUUUUUUUUGUACCACUGCCUUAUUUCUGUUGCUGUUUUUCCUCAAGUUGUCUUUGAUUAUAAAUACUGAAAUGUAAUCAUCCUGGCAGCUGUGCUCAUAUACUCCUCCUGUGUCUCUAGUGGUAAGGCUGUAUCGAUGCACCCCAGCAGCAACACUAUCCAGCAUUUUCAUUCAGGGCAUUGAGUCCCACGAGUCGGAUUAGGAUCCUUCACCAUUGAUUCAUUUGAGCAAAAUGCAAUUUUUUUUUUUUAUGCAAGAAACGUCUGACUGUGUAUCAUGUCCGACUGUGUGAAAGCAUAUGAGGGCUGCGUGUUGUCGGGCAGGUUUUGUUACCAACAUAUGUGAAUCGUGUUUAAUCACACGCUCGCUUGUACAACCCCAACCCCUCCCUCAACCCAUAAUAUAAUACCUACUUAAUACGACAACCUCAUCGAUUCCUGUUCAGUAAACUGAGCGGAUAAAAGGGAAACAUGAAAUAUAAUCGAUCCCUUACAAUAUAAACAUCAAGCCCAGCCGAAUGACUGACCGACAGACGUACAGACCGACUGGCCAUAGAGAGAGAGAGAGAGAGAGAGAGAGAGAGAGGGGACCAGCUAGUCCCCUGAUAUAUUGUACAUGAUGUGUUUAUUUUCUUGUCCCCUAACCAAAGGACCCCGGCAGAGGGCCCACCUUAAUGGCAAGAGUAAUGUAUAUAUGAAUGCACCUUUACUCGGACUGGUAUCUUACUCGCGUGAGUUAAACCCUAAUCAUAAUACCUGAGAAUAAAGAGCCGGGGCGUCAGAGUCUGAGAUGCUACUAGUUUUUUUGCACAUGUAAGGGACGUGGAUGGAGUCACUGGGGGCGUAGAGCGAGGCACCACCAGGCGACGCCGCAGAAGGCAGAAGGCUUCUGAGGCGUUUAGGACCACUGAGGCUGCCGAGGCAAAGACUCUAAAAAUGACUUGUUUACACCUUUUAACAAAACUUUGAACAAAGUUGGCCUUGCUUUUUAACUAAAACAAUUCCAUGACCUAAACAGCUAGUAAAGAUAAUUGUUUUAUAUGUAUUAGCUGUUUAUGUCGUCGGAAAAGAGUAUACCUAUCUCGUUUUUAGGGGAGGCUGGAAAGGAAUGACUUUGCUCAUUUGAUUCACAGCGAUAUUCUGUGAGGCACUAGAGACUAAUUAAAUAGCCCAUGUUAAUUCAGUUAACGUCGCUAUAAACACAUGAAUGAAACGGUCCUUUUCCUCUUCUGUAGUCGGGACAAAGUUGGAAGGUGUGGUAAUGACGGACCUGUCCUCAUAGCUAGUGUAGACGAGACGACUUGAUGGAAUGCGGCCAUCAAGGUUUAGGCUUUUGGACGAACGUCGCAUACAAACAGAUCUCAAUGGAGAUGGCUGCAUUCCAUCCAAUCUGACAUAGGAACAUUGACAACAACUAUUAAUGCAUUGACCCCACAUAACACAUGUUUCUGUAUGUAUCUGAACGAAUGGUUGCAUAGAGAUUGUCUCAUUUGUUUUGUUUGAGUGAAAAUAUAUUGGUUGGUUGGUAAAGGUGAUUGAGAUUGAUCUGGUGUACCAAGUGAGCGUAUGUUUUUAAUUCUCAUUACAUUAUGCUAUCAUUGUAAUACAGAGCUGCAGUGAUGAUUUCAAUAUUAUGGAAUAAAUGUUUUGAAAUAUAGGGGAGGUUUCCUUUGCCAGUUAUAUUGGGGAACAAUAUGUCUUAUAUGUCUGUUAAUAAAUACAAUUCCAGACGAUGGCUCCUUCAGUCACUUCAUAUGAUCCAGCCUAACCCUGCCAUUCAUCCAUUUAUGUUAGAAACAUAUCUUCUUCCUUUCAAUAUCUUUGACUCUAGACUCUGAUAGAACUGGGCUAAAAAGGAUAAGAAACUGCCAGUAUACCAUUGAAGAAACCAAAAUACAUCAUUUUUGAAACUCCAAAUAAUUUCUUAAUGUAAAUGUGUUAAAUUGUUAAACCCUACAAAAAAAGACAAUCACCGUGAUGGUAUUUAACCUUAACCUAAUGCAAAUCCAUGUCUGUUUAGUAAUGCCACACACAGACAUCCUUGGCUCUUCUUGUUGCAACAAUGACGAUUUCAGCAGAUCCUGUGCCUUUUGGUUUCAAACCAGUUCUACCGGUAUCUCAAUUAAUUCAGAAACUCGGAAGUAGGGCCCUGGCAGCUUUAUGCAAUGUUUUGGUAAUCCACACAUUUAGUUUUACAGGCCCCCACAGAACUAGAUCUAAAAAUGUUGAUCUUUUUUUCUUCUUUUCAGUAUGCCUUAAUUAUUGUCCUUUCAUGAAAAAGUAUCUUCGGAAGAUAAUGUAUCCCGGUUGAUUUAUUUGGAUCAGUUUAACAAAUGGCACGCUUUAAUUAAUGCUCUUUCAAGGAGCAGACAGUAUGAAAAGACAUUACAAACAAGAACUGGUUCACAAGGAAAUGAUUGACACGGAUUUACAAACUUCCUGAGGUGUCCCACAAACAGCUGUUUUUAAAUGUGGGAUUUCAUCAUAUAAAAGUUAUUUUAUGUUGUAAUCCAAAGUAUGAAAAAAUUAAAUAGCACAGAUGAGUUUUGCUCAAUGAAGAAAUUAAAAAAGAAAUCUGCAAUACCGACUUGUUUGUCAAAGCGAAUGCAUUUCACAAACAAAAUAGAAAAGGCCAAGCGUCUCAUAAUUACAUUUGACUGGUUGAACGGUUAAAUGAUUAAACACAUUGAGGUUGAUGGGGUAGGAAGAGAGAGAAAAACGUUUUGAAAUGACUAGGAAGUGAAAACAUAAGAAAAAUUUAGAAAUUAGGUGUGUUAAGACCCAAAAUGGAAAUAUUCUCAGUUACUGGGUCACAGUGAUUUUGUUUAAUCAUUGAGGUAGAAUAACAAAUUGUUGUAGCUGCGCUAUGGGUUCAGAGAGGGACAUUGACCUGGGUGCCCUCAUCUCAACUGUUACGUGACAUUUCAUUAGCCUCAUAGAAUAAUUGACUGAAUCCUGUUCUAAGGUUCAUCUUAUCUAAUUGCCAAUGAGGCAAUUAGAUAUCACAAUUUGGCAAAAAUAUGACUCAGGUAAUUAUGCUAUGAGGCUAACCAUUUGUUAAUCUAGGGUGAAAAAAACCUUUAGAUCCCCUAAAAAACAAAUCAAUAUUUUGCUCAAUUUAAGAUAAUAAAAUUGACAACUAUUUCUUUCAAUAACAGCAGCUUGAUUAAACAUCCUGUAAUGUGUUAUGACGUAUAGUACAAGGAGUAUUGCUAAUGCUAACCACGGCAGACGGCAGUGACCAACUGUACUUCAAACAACUGGUUAUUUCCCUAACUGAUGGCAGGGAAAUAGAAAAAAAAAAGAAAAAAAAAAAAAAAGGUACUUUUACAAUACAGCGUCCUUGACGAACAACCCUUGUCUGUAGUAGUUAACGUUGGAUUAUGACAGCGUCUUAUCAUUGGAGACAACUACUAUAAGUACUCAUGUGUCCUACUUGGUAUCGGCCAGUACCAAAAAAA